UCGCUCCAUGGCUUGAUAGCUUUAACCUGAGUUCUUGUUGAAAUUUAUAAGCUAUUGUCCUGCAUAUUCUCUGCCAUGAGUUCAUCAAAGCCCUACAUUGGCUGUAAAAUAGGGUUAAUUUCAAAAGCCCAAAAUCGUUAUGAGGGGAUUUUGUUUACAAUUGACAAAGUGAACUCCGCAGUAGUGCUGGCUAAAGUCAAGUGUUUUGGAACGGAGGGACGACCCACUGACAGACCAACACCGUCCAAAGAUGACAUCUAUGAGUACAUCACUUUCCGCGGAAGUGAUAUUAAGGACAUCACACUGUGUGAACCUUCAAGAUCUACCCACGGCCUACCCCCAGAUCCUGCAAUAGUACAGUCAUCCAGUGCAAGUUCUCUUGGCCCAUUUAGCCCCCUAAGGAUGCCCGCCUACAACCAGCUUGCUGCCAGCUCUCUACUUAAUCAACAAUAUGCUGCAGCUCUUGGCCUUGGGCCUAUACUUCCAGGCAUGCAUGUUAGAAGGGGCCCUAUGGUGGAAAAGGCUGUGCAAACCCUCCAUGUGGAUAGAUCCAGGCUGAGGGGAGGCUUUACUGCAUCCCAGGAGCAACAGCAGCAGCAGCAACAGCAGCAGCAACAGCAGCAGCAACAGCAGCAGCAACAGCAGCAGCAGCAGAAGGAGCAGCAGCAGCAGCAGCAGGAGCAACAACAACAGCAGCAGGAGCAACAGCAGCAGCAGUGGGAAAGAAGGCCCCAGAGGCCAAGAGGAGAGGUUUCACAGACCAGAAGGGGCCCUGAAGCCACUAUGAAGUCAGGCCCAGGUGUGCCCAAUGCUCAGCAGGGAACUCGGCAGCAGAAUUAUGAAAACAGGCCACCACCCAGAAGACAAGGUCCUCGGAGGCGCAGGAACCGUAGUAGAGGCCAGCUCAUGGUGGCUAAUGUUACGUCUGCCAUCCUUAAGUUUGACACAGACUUUGAUUUUGAUUCCUCAAAUGCACAGUUUGUUAAGGAGGAGCUGGAGAGGGAGGUGCAUGACAGGAUGAAAGAUAAAAAUCAUGAAGGGAAAGAAAAAGAAGAAUUGCACUCGACAGCAGAGGAUGUUAAUUGUGGACCAAAAUGCUACUACAACAAAGCAAAGUCUUUCUUUGACAACAUCUCGUCUGAUAACAAGUUCAGACUAACAUGGGCGGAGGAGCGGAAGCGCAAUCUGGAGACUUUUGGGGUCCCUGGACGGUUCCUGAGGGGCCAAGGAUUCAGAGGUGGCUAUUCUGGAGAAAGAGGAUUGGGAACUGCUCAGACUCUAUCUUCUUUCAGAACCAGGAGUGGUAAGCUGUAAAGAGUUUGACAGCAAGGCACAAAAACAACCCCAUCCUUUAAAUGAGCGGCUCUGUUGUCUCUGUAUGAAGAAGGAUCUUCUUUUCUUUCUUUGUAUUUGUCCCUGAGGCAGUCAUCUUUCCCCCAUAUUGCCAGGAUUGUAUUAUUAUUUUUUGUCAUUUGGCCUCAUUUUGCAUAUGGAUGCAUGGCUCACUAAUUGUUUGACAAUAGUUGUUUUCCCCUCAGAAUGUUUGCCUGAGUAUUUUUCCCCUUUUUCGAUUAAACAAGAGUGUUUAAAGUUUUGGUUUUGUUUUCUACUUGGAAGAAUUUCACUCUCAAACGUAUUUUUGGUUUCAUAUUUAUAAAAAAGAGAAGUAUGUGGAUUUGCCUCUUGGGACGUAGGCUACAUUUAUUUAACAAAUGUUGUAAACUAUGAAUAUUGACAUAAUGAACUAAACAUACAUUUAUUUAAAGGCUACAUCGUGUGCAUUGCUUUGUUCUGUCUUAUUGAAGCAACAAGUGAGACAAAUGUAAAUAAACUGGAAAUUGCUGAUGG